GUGACAUAUUCACAGUGUAAACAAUGGCGGACGUAGAACCUCCCCCACCAGAAACGUCUCAGACAACAUCAACUGCUACCUCGACGUCAACAGAAGGUAGCAGACCGUGGGAGAGACCAUGGAGCGUGGAGGAGAUGAGAAAGGAGGCCAACAACUGGUCAUUAUCAGGAGAUGCUGGGUUGCUAUUAUACCUGAAAGAUUUUUCCCAAAAGAUGAUCUCCCGUGUUCAUGAAAUUGAGAAAGAAGUGGAUGGUUUAAUGCAUGAUUCUAAGAUGACUGGUGUAAGAGUAAACAAUGUCUUCAAUGAUUUCAUCAUGCUGGCCAAUACUCAGUUUGUAGAAAAUAGAGUUUAUGAUGAAGAUGUCAGCCAGGAAGACUCGGCAAAGGCAGCGGAAGGAAACGAGGAGAAGGAGAAAACGCGGGAACAGCGGGAGGCGGAGCUUAUUCCCAAAGUGAAGGAAGCCCUGGGGCUGGGAAUCAACGUGAUUGACCAGGCGUUCGAGCAGCUGGACAGUCACGUAGCGGACUCGGACUCUGAGGAGGAGGAGACAGGGUAUAGGACAGACCCACUCCUGGAAGCCAAGGAUCCUUACAUUAAUCGGCUUCUCCCCCUGCUGAUUGGAACCCCGAAAUUCAUGGAGGACGAUUGUGUCGGUCUGGCCGAGGAAGAGUCGGAAGAAGAUGAGAGUGACCAUGGUAGUCUGAGUGAGAGUGAGUCAGAGAAAGAAGAAGAGGAGGAAGAAGAUAGAAAAAAAGGACAGACAAUGGAGUCCUCUGAUGAGUAUUCAGACAGUGAGGAGGAGUCUGAUUCUGAUAAACCUGUCAAAACGGUCAAAACUCGACCUGUUGAGUACUCUGAUUCAGAGGGUAGUGAUUUGUUUGGGGAGGAAGAUGAGGAGAAGAGUAAGUCGGAACUCAGUGAGAGUGAAGAGGAGGAAGAAGAGGAAGAAGAACCUUCUGCAAAGAAACCCAGCUCUGCUCCCUUGGACUUUGCCUCCGAAUUGGCAAAGAAAUUAAAAGGUCCCGGUGCAGCACCAGCAGAGGAAAAUGAUGAAGAGGAACCAGUCAAAGAAACCAAGGAAACAAAGUCUAAAGAUAAGAAGAAACGAGAGAAGAAAGAAUCAACAAGUAGCUCCAAAACAAAGUCCAAGAAAAAAGAGAAAAUUAUUGAGGAGGAGCCAUUUCCUGCAGAUGAGGAGGAAGACUCACCCUUCGGUAACAAAGGAGGGCUGUUCUCUGGGAGUAAAGGACUGUUUGAUGACAGUGAGGAGGAUGAGGGAGACUUAUUUUCAGAAAGUGUUCCCGAGAAAAAGUCUUCCAAGAAAAAAGUAGAAUCAGAGGAGGAGGAAGACGGGGAAGAGAAACCUGUGGAAAGAAAGAGAACAAGCAGUAGCAAGAAACCCAAAGGUGGAGUGUCAAUAUUUGGAUCUGAUGCUGAUAAUGACAUGUUCAGUGAAAAGAAGGCAGAGAAGAAAAAGCCUUCAUCCUCGGCUCCAUCAUCGUCAGGAGGAGGAGGAGGUCUAUUUGAUAAUGAAGAGGAGGAAGAUGAUUUGUUUUCCUCUGCAGCUCCUAAAACAACCACUGAAAAACCCAAGAAAAAGGAAACCAGUGGUGCAGGUGGAGGUUUGUUUGAUGAAGAGGAAGAGGAGGAUUUGUUUGCAGAGAGCAAGAAGGAGGUGCCACAAAAAGAGGAGACAACUCCACCAGCCAAGAAAGAGAACAAGAAAAAGCUUCCAACAGGAGCAGUGCCCAUGUUUGGAGGGGGAGCCAACCCUCUAGCGGCUGCAAUUAAGAAACACAGAAAGCAAGAGUCAGAUGAGGAGGAUAAUUGGUCAGAUGAGGAGAAACCUAGAGCAAGCAGUGUCAAGUCUACCCAAUCAGUGACCUCAAUUAACUCCCUGUCCAAGUCUUCAGGGGUCAGCAAGGUCACCAACAAGGCCAGUCCCAGCCCGUCCAGUAACAGCCUGUUUGAUGACGACGCCGACGACGCAUUGUUUGCUGCUCCAGCCAAACCUAGGGCUGAUAGUAAAUCAAAAGCCAAACCCGCAAAGUCCCUGUUUGAGGAUGAAGAAGAGGAGGACUUGUUUUCAUCUAAAUCUGCUAGCAAACCCGCAGCAAAGAAACCUCAGCAAUCUGCAGCCUUGUUUGAUGAUGAAGAGGAUGGUUUGUUUGCAAAACCAAAAGAAAGUGGAAAGAAGAAGCCAACAGGAAGAGUAUCACUGUUCGGUGAUGAUGUUUUGCCGAAGAAGGACAAGCCAGCAGAAAAGAAGCCAGAACCAACAAAAACCAGUAAACCUGCCAAAGCGGCCUUAUCUCUGUUUGAUGAUGAUGAAGAGGAAGAAGAGGAGGGCGACAUCUUUGGGGCUCCUGCCACAAAGAAAUCACCCGCAAAGCCUACCGCCACAAGCAAGGCCAAGGGAUUGUUUGAUGAUGGAGAGGACAUGUUUGGGGAGGAGGAUUCCCCUGGAGUGGACAUUUUUAAUAAACCAAAGGCUGCUCCAAAACAGAAUGAUGCCCCUGUUUCCAAAACCAAAAGCCCAAGUGCCCUGUUUGACGGAGAGGAGGAUGAUCUAUUCAGUUCCUCUAAGCCAACAGAAUCUUUGCCAGUCGGAGGAGUGACAACUGAAGAAUCCACAGAUGCCCCAGAGAAGGUUGAAGAGCCUAAACCCAAAAAGCCAAAAGGAGGGGUGUCUAUGUUUGGAGGAAUGGACCCAAUGGCUGCCUUGAGAAACAAAGGAAAGAAGGAAAAUGAGGUCAAGGACAUAGAUGUGACCCCACCUCCUACAAAGGUCAAGGACUCUGAUGAGGAGGAUAUCACAGACAAACCUGAACCUCCUCCGAUGGAAGCACCCAAAACUGAGAAGAAAACGAAGCCUGCAGAUCCUUUGUUUGAUGAUGAUGAUGAUGAUGAAGAGGAUGACAUGUUUAGCUCUCCUCCAAAGCAGGAGGUUGUUGAAGAAAAAGAAGAAAUCAAACCCAAAAAGCCAAUAGGAGGCGUGUCCAUGUUUGGAGGAAUGGACCCAAUGGCUGCCCUGAGAAACAAAGGGAAGAAGGAAAAUGAGGUCAAGGACAAAGAGGUGACCCCACCUUCUACAAAGGCCAAGGACUCUGAUGAUGAGGAGAGGCCAGAACCUCCACCUUUGGACUCGCCCAAACCCAGUGUAAAGGCUAAAGCAGCUGAUCCAUUAUUUGGAGAUGAUGAAGAAGAUGACAUGUUUUCGGUAGCUCCUAUCACAAACCUCAGCACAAUUCGUCCAUCCAAACCCUCCAAACCUUCCAUCACUUCUAAACCCAUCCUUCCUUCCAAAUCAAGGCAUUCCAAAUCAGAAACAUCUCAAAAACCAAAUUUAUUUGGGUCUCCAAAGUCAGACGAGGAUGAGGAUUUGUUUUCCUCGACUUCCAAACCUUCGAAAAAAGAGCCCCAGUCAUCUCCCUCAGGCUCCUCUCCACGUAAACCAGUGGGCGGAGUCUCCAUGUUUGGUGGGGUGGAUCCAUUUGGGUUGGGCAAGAAAUCAGAGCCAAUGCCAGAUUCUCCGUUGUCAGGAGGAGAUGGGGAGAAAAAAUCUGACUCAUCCACACCAGUUUCUGUUGGAAACAAAUUGCCUGGUAAAAUCGGCAAGUUACAGGCAAACCUUGCAAUAAACCCUGCGGCAAUGUUACCUGGAGCAGCACCACCUGUCAGAGAGCCACAGGUGGUGCCAGUCGGAUUUGAUGUCCCCGCCCAGGCCAACACGCUCCACAGUGCCAAUAAGAGCCGUGCCAAAAUUCAGACCAAAAGGCGGCCUCCAAGUCGUAAAGGUCGCCAGGGAGGUGGGCCAUCUGUCAGUACAGAGGAAGACUCCAUUUCUACUCUAUCAGAAGCUCCACCCCCUAAAGUGGAGUCUCCACCCAAAGAGAGUCGAGUACCUAAACCUACUUCUGAUUUAUUUGGUAAUGAUGACCUACUGGGUGAGACUGACACUGUGAAUGAUUUCUUAGCCCCGCCCCCUGUUCCCGAUAAUUACGUGGAGGAAGAGGAGAAUGAGGAUUUCUUUUCAUCCAGUAAGAAGAAAGAAAAAGUCAUGUCUGAUGAUGAUUUGUUCAGCCCUGUUACGGCUCCAAAGGGAGCAGCUUCCAAUUCUUCCAAACCUACUAGUGUAUUAAAUUCAAAGACUGAUGAGGAGGAUGACCUUUUUGGUUCCAGUUCCACAAAAAAUACCUCAAAGUUUGUCAGCAAAAAGAAGGCGGAUAGCAACAAUGUGAGUGCAAUAGUGAAUGGAGGUGAGGACGUUUUAUCAGAGAAAUCAAAGUCCGCAGCAUCGGUGGAAAAUGAGGACGAGGAUUUAUUUGCAGAAAAACCCAAGAUCAAGAAACAGAGUGAUUUUGAAAAAAUAUUGGAUGAGAAAUCAGAAACAUCUAAAACUGAAAAUAAAGUUCCUGCCUUAGAUGAUGACGAUGAUCUUUUCGCAAAUUCAUCUGUGAACAAGAAACCUGUCAAACAAACGAAAACCACUGCAGAGGAGGAGGAUAUCUUUGCUGAUUCAUCUUUGAACAAAAAGCCAGCCUCUACCACAAAAACCAAUGACAAAAAACAGGAAGAGGAGGAGGAUUUGUUUGGUAAACCAGCUCAAAAAGGCAAGAAGUCCAGCAAAGCUAAAUCCAAGACGAAGGACGAGGACCUCUUUAAGGAUGACACAGACAUUUUUGCGGAUGUCCCAGCAGCCAAGCCAAAGGAGAAGAAGAAGAAGAAAACCACAGAGAAGAAAAGCUUAUUUAAAGAUGAUGAUGGUGACAUUUUUGCAACAACACCAGCAAGCAAACCAAAAGCCAAGAAAGAGAAGAAGACGGAGGCUCCCAAGAAAGCAACGACGGAUGUUACAAAUAUUUUCGAUGAUCCCCUGAGUUAACGUUUCUGAGGACUAAAUAAUAAAUCAAAGUAUUGAAAGUACUGAGAGAUAAUUUUGCAUCCAUAUUUAUAAAGUUACUUAUAAAAGUUCUAGGAAUUUUAGAAUGUUAAAAGUGCUACAACAGGCAGUAAUAAGACAGUAAACAAUUUUGUUACAUCUCCUAAUUAUUUCACUGUUAAUUAAAAUUGUUUGGUAUACUAGUAUUUGCUUUUGUUCAAUUUUAGUCCACUUGCACAUAAUCUAAACAAAGCAACAAGUUACAGUAUAUCUUUAAAUCCAGUAUGGUCUUUAAAUAAAAAUGUAGUCAAUAACCAUGGAUAAGGAUUGAAUUAAAGCAAAUUGUAUUCAUAUGCUUUCAUUUCUAUUCAAUUUCUUGUAUAUUUUGCAAAUUUUAUCAAACUGUUAACUUAUUUGUAUGUAAAAAUAUAUCAUUAUACAUAAACAAAAGUUACACUUAUGUUUGCUUAAAUCAAUUUGAUGUGCAAGAACUAUUUUUUUGUGCAUACAGAUUCAGGCAGUGCAGAUGUGAAAUCUGCAAGAUCACUAUAAAAUGGCUGCAGAGCAUAGAUUUAAUAUGAGCCCUCAAAAUUUUUGGUAGAUAUGUAUGUUUCUGCUUUGCAUCAAUUCUCGCUGCCUACAGGUGAUGUGUUUUUCAAACUUAAGGAGAGAAAACAAAGAAUCAGACAAUGCAUGUACAUAGACACAACGUUUUUAAUCGAAAUGCAUAGAAAAUUAAAUUUUGUGUGUUAACAAGAUGUAAUAAACAUUACAGUUAUAGAUAAUAUAGUACAGAGCAGAGUAUGGAAUGAAUGAUUACUGAGAUUUUCGUUUUUGAAAAUGUUAUAACAACUGCAGUGUAUGUACACCAAAAAUAUGUGGCAAACUAAAGGUAUAAGAAGACAGAGGUGGAACCAAAUAAAGAAGUCUAAUCUAAACACAAAUGACAUUCAUUGUGAAUCUUUAUCGGAUAAUAUGCUACUGCAGUAUAGUUGUAAUUGUUAUGCCUUUAACACCAACACUGCAUGUGAAGUUGUUCCACUUCUCUGCUCUCUUUCAUUAGAGAUUGAGUCAUCCCCAUAUAUCAAUGCCAUUACGUGCUUUGCGUACUGAGUAUGCCAAGUGCUUAAAAUGAUAGGUGAAAUAGCACUGUGGCUAUUUUUAUACACCCAAAGGAAAGUUCGUGAUCAACUGGGUUAUUAUGAAGAAAUAGACUGUACUGGGGUGGGGUGGGGGGGGGGGGGGGUGGUACUUAAUAUGGUUGGGUGAAGGUGCAGUUUUAUUGGCAAUCUUAACAUUUGUAGCCGCAGAAGCCGCUAGAUUUGAUGAAGUUUUCAUAAUAUGCCGCAUAUAAAGAGACGGAACCAUAUCAUUUUUUAAAUAAACUUUUUCUAUAAUUAUAAAACUAAAUAAUAACAUAUCCAUACUAAUGACAAAGAAAACACAGACAUGUAGCAUUGAAACAGUUUAAUGUGGUUUGAAUUUGACAAUGUAUUUAUUCACAUUGGUAGGUCUUCAUGUGAUAUCAUUAAAUGUUUCAAUAAACAAAAAUAAAAAAUAAUCAAAGCAACAGUAAAUAAGGCAUGCAUAUAAUAUACUGUAAUUUUGUAUCUGCGUUGCAAGUACUUUUUAAAAAAGUUAAUAUUGAUGCAAGUUCACCUGAGCAUUUAGAGAUUUUAUGAAUUGGCAGUAUUGCACAAAAAAUAGUGCUGGGAGAUUCUGCAUUCAAAUGGUUGCCGAGUCCAUAUCUGAAAAUUCUGGUCCUAUUGACUAAUUUUUCUACAAAUCUACUGCAAACACAAAGAUUUAUUGCUUAUAAAUUAUUUUCACAUGUAAAAUAAAUUGAGUUUCUAUCUAGAAAUGCUGUUGCUACAGUAUAUACAAAUUCUCAGCUAACAUCAAAAUAAAAAUUAUUGCCAGUGAACUUGAAUGGAUAUUUUGUUGGAUAUCAGGAAAUGAAAUUACUUUAUAGGAGCCAAAUGAAACAAGGAUUAUAAUUUGACAAAAAUUCUACAGAAUGUGAACAUUUUGCUUGAUUUUGCCCUAACAUCAAGUGGAUU